AUGCCCCCUUUUCUCCGUUGUAUUUUUCCAGCCGCACGACGUUGUCUAGUGUUGCCGGUCCAGCUGCGCUUCAUCCUUCCUCUCAUCGCACGGGUUGGUUUAUUCAUUUGGAGGAAGAUGGAAGGAAAAAGAACUGGAGUAAUCAAUAUAGGAACCCCCAGUCUGCUCAUCAAUCUGAGUAACAUGAUAAUAAUAUUGUAA